AUGGCGAAGAAGAAGAAGAAGACUUUUAGCAAAUUGGAGAUAAUCCUUAGUUUUCUGUUACUGGGACUGUUCAUCAUAUCUACUGCCCUGAUUGUGCUUUUAGCUACGAAUACUUCGGGAGUGACAGGAGAUCAGUCUAGUGGAAGAGUCAAACUAUUUGGUCCUAGUGUGGUGGGGGACACAGGGAGGAGGAUGACACCCGCAAGUGCCCACUCACAAACAGAAGCAGACAGACAGAUAGACACAGGAUGUGGAAAGUGGCAUGGUGGUUCACAAUCUAACACUACUUCAAGUCCUGUGACAACAAAGACAACCACCUCUCCAAAUACAACGAUCUCUAUUCCGACCUCCACACCCACUGCUUCCACACCUUUAAUUCCAGAAUGUCCUGUAAUUGACUUGUCAGAAAGGAUCAACUGUAUUCCUGAGCAAAUACCAACACAGGCCACAUGUAACCAGCGUGGUUGCUGCUGGAAUCCUCAGGGAUCAGUAAAUAUGCCUUGGUGUUACUUCUCGAAGAACUAUGGCUAUCAGAUAGAAAAUAGUACAAAUACCAGUGCAGGGUUCACAGCCCAGUUGAGGAGACUGCCUACCCCCUCGAUGUUUGGAAAUGAUAUUGCCAAUGUCGUCCUUGCAGCAGAAUACCAGACAUCCAAUCGUUUCCACUUCAAGAUCAGUGACCCCAGUGAUGCCAGAUAUGAGGUCCCUCAUGAACAUGUGAAGCAAUUUACUGGAAAUGCAGCUAAUAAUUUGAACUAUGGUGUGGAAGUUGAAAAAGAGCCAUUUCGCAUCAAAGUUAUUCGGAAAAGUAACAACCGUGUUUUAUUUGACACUGGUAUUGGUCCCCUCCUGUUUGCUCAGCAGUACCUGCAGCUCUCCAUCCAGCUACCCAGUGCUAAUGUGUAUGGCCUGGGGGAGCACGUCCACCAGGAGUACCGGCAUGAUAUGGCCUGGAAGACUUGGCCCAUCUUCCCUCGGGACAAUACUCCUAAUGAUGGCAUGACUAACUUGUAUGGAGCUCAUCCAUUUUUCUUGUGCCUUGAAGAUACAAGUGGAUUAUCCUUUGGAGUUUUUCUGAUGAACAGCAAUGCCAUGGAGGUUGCCCUUCAACCUACCCCAGCAAUCACUUACCGAGUCACCGGUGGUGUCCUGGAUUUUUAUGUCUUCUUAGGGAACACUCCAGAAGAGGUUGUUCGGGAAUACCUAGAGCUGAUUGGAAGGCCACUCUUACCAUCUUAUUGGACUCUUGGAUUUCAUCUCAGUCGUUGGGUAUAUGGAGGUUUGGAUGGAAUGAAGAAAGUUGUGGAGAGAAACCGAGCUGCUCAGCUUCCUUGUGAUGUUCAGUACUCUGAUAUUGACUACAUGGAUGAGAAGAAGGACUUCACUUAUGAUAAAGUACUGUUUGGAGAGCUACCUCAAUUUGCUGAGGAUUUACACAACCAUGGACAGAAAUACGUCAUUAUAGUGGAUCCAGCCAUUGCCACUGGCUCUCCCAACUAUGGCCCUUACAACCGAGGCUCAGAUAUGAAGAUAUGGGUCAAUGCAUCAGAUGGAGUGACACCACUCAUUGGGGAGGUGUGGCCAGGCAAGACGGUCUUUCCUGACUAUACCAAUCCGAAGUGUGCCCAGUGGUGGGCAGAGGAGUUCAGACUCUUCUACCAGGAGAUAAAGUUUGAUGGAAUCUGGAUUGAUAUGAAUGAACCCUCCAACUUUGAUGAUGGCUCAUCGACCGGAUGUUCACAGAGUAACCUAAACUAUCCCCCAUUUACUCCUAGAAUUCUGGACCGAUUUCUGCCUGCCAAGACCCUUUGCAUGGAUGCAGUACAGUACUGGGGCAAACACUAUGAUGUCCACAAUCUGUAUGGCUACUCCAUGGCAAUUGCCACAGAAGAGGCUGUAAAAACUGUCUUCCCUAACAAAAGAAGCUUUAUUGUGACACGUUCUACCUUUGCCGGGUCAGGCAAAUUUGCAGCCCAUUGGCUAGGGGACAAUGCAGCCACUUGGAAUGACCUUCGUUGGUCUAUACCUGGCAUGCUUGAGUUCAACCUGUUUGGUAUCCCAAUGGUGGGCCCUGACAUCUGUGGUUAUGCUAAUGAUGUCUCAGAAGAACUGUGCCGGCGGUGGAUGCAGCUUGGGGCAUUUUAUCCAUUUUCCAGGAAUCACAAUGGUCAAGGCUACAAGGACCAGGAUCCUGCUGCAUUUGGAGAAGAUUCUCUUCUUUUGAAUACCUCCAGACACUACCUGAACAUCCGCUAUACUCUGCUGCCCUAUCUCUAUACCCUCCUUUACUGGGCUCACACUCGGGGGGACACUGUAGCCCGCCCCCUUCUACAUGAGUUUUAUGCUGACAGUUAUACCUGGGAUGUGUAUCGGCAGUUCCUGUGGGGACCUGCGCUGCUCAUCACUCCUGUUCUGGAGGAGGGGGCUGAGAAGGUGGUAGCAUAUAUGCCUGAUGCUGUUUGGUAUGACUAUGAAACUGGUAACCAAACAUCAUGGAGAAAACAAAGUGUUGAGAUGUUACUCCCACCAGACAAAAUUGGACUCCAUCUUCGAGGGGGCUAUAUUUUCCCCACACAGGAGCCAGCCAUCACUACAGUAGCCAGCCGAAAGAAUCCUCUUGGUCUCAUCAUUGCUCCUGAUGACAAUAAGGAAGCUAGAGGAGAACUUUUUUGGGAUGAUGGAGAAACUAAAGAUACUAUAGCCAGUGGUGCUUACAUCUUCCAUGAGUUUCUGUUCACCCAAAAUCGUUUGGAUGUGAAGGUUUUGCAUCAAUCCUACAAUGAUCCAAAUAACUUAGCAUUUAAGGAGAUUAAAAUCUUUGGGACAGAGGAACCUAUCAACAUCUCUGUGAAGAAGAAUAAUGUCCUUAUUGCAUCAUCUCCUAAUGUCACUUACAUUGAAGAGUACCAGGUUGCUAUCAUCUCAGGACUUGAACUUUCCUUGGGAGAAGAAUACACUGUGGAAUGGAGUUUCAAAGUCAGGGACUUAGUCAAAAUAGACUGUUAUCCUGAGGACGAGGCAGUCUCAGAAGAAAACUGUACUGCUCGUGGCUGUGCCUGGGAGUUAUCCACUUCUCCAGGAGUUCCUAGCUGCUAUGUCACCAAUUACCUAUACUCUAUUAGUAACAUUCAGUACAACCCAAUGGGGGUUACUGCUGAGCUCUUCUUAAAUUCAUCUCUAUAUGCUUCCAACAUGCCCUCUACCCCUGUGAACCUUCUCCGUUUGGAUGUCACCUACCAUAAGAAUGAUAUGCUGCAAUUUAAGAUCUAUGAUGCCAAUAGCAAAAGGUAUGAGGUCCCAGUGCCCCUCAACAUCCCUAGCUCUCCCUCUAGCACCUCUGAGAAUCGGCUCUAUGAAGUUUUCAUAAGGAGCAAUCCUUUUGGGAUUGAGAUCCGACGCCGGAGCACUGGUACAGUAAUUUGGGAUUCUCAGGUCCCCGGCUUCACCUUUAAUGACAUGUUCCUACGCAUCUCCACCCGCCUCCCAUCCCAGUACAUCUAUGGCUUUGGGGAAACAGAGCACACGACCUUCCGGAGAAACAUGACCUGGCACACAUGGGGAAUGUUUGCUCGGGACCAGCCCCCAGGGUACAAGAAGAAUUCCUAUGGUGUGCACCCAUAUUACAUGGGUCUGGAGGAGGAUGGCAAUGCCCAUGGAGUGCUCCUGCUCAACAGCAAUGCCAUGGAUGUGACUUUCCAGCCCACCCCUGCACUGACAUAUCGCACCACUGGGGGCAUUCUGGAUUUUUACAUGGUUUUGGGGCCAACCCCAGAGCUUGUCACUCAGCAGUACACAGAGUUGAUUGGGAGGCCAGUGAUGACUCCUUACUGGGCCUUAGGGUUCCAGCUUUGUCGCUAUGGAUACCAGAAUGAUUCUGAAAUUGCUGAACUUUAUGAUGCUAUGGUGGCAGCUCGGAUCCCUUAUGAUGUACAGUAUUCAGACAUUGAUUACAUGGAGAGGCAGAUAGACUUCAUCCUCAACCCCAAGUUUGCUGGCUUUCCUGAUCUGAUCAAUCGAAUGAAGGCAGAUGGGAUGCGGAUCAUCCUCAUUCUGGACCCGGCCAUUUCUGGCAAUGAGACCCAGCCAUAUCCUGCCUUCACUCGGGGACUCCAGGAUGAUGUGUUCAUCAAAUGGCCAGAUAACAGCGGCAUUGUUUGGGGAAAGGUCUGGCCAGAUUUGCCUGAUAUCAUUAUCAAUUCAUCUCUUGAUUGGGACACCCAACUGGAGUUAUACAGAGCCCAUGUUGCCUUCCCAGACUUUUUCCGUAAUUCAACAGCCACAUGGUGGAAGCGGGAAUUGAAAGAACUCCACACCAAUCCUCGGGAGCCACAGAAGAGUCUGAAGUAUGAUGGAAUGUGGAUUGACAUGAAUGAACCAUCAAACUUUGUGAAUGGAGCAGUUCCUCCAGGCUGUAGGGAUACCGAGCUCAACCAACCUCCUUAUAUACCCUAUCUGGAGGCAAGAGACAGAGGCCUGAGCAGUAAGACCCUGUGCAUGGAAAGUCAGCAGAUCCUGCCUGAUGGAAGCCCAGUGAGGCACUAUGAUGUGCACAAUCUCUAUGGCUGGUCUCAGACAAGGCCCACAUAUGAAGGAGUUCAGGAAGCUACAGAACAGAGGGGAAUUGUGAUCACUCGCUCAACCUUCCCCUCUUCAGGACGCUGGGCCGGACACUGGUUGGGAGACAACACAGCAGCAUGGGACCAGCUCUACAAAUCCAUCAUUGGCAUGAUGGAGUUCAGUCUCUUUGGAAUAUCCUAUACAGGAGCUGAUAUCUGUGGUUUCUUUGAAGAUGCUGAAUAUGAAAUGUGUGCUCGCUGGAUGCAACUGGGAGCCUUUUACCCUUUCUCUCGGAACCAUAAUACGAUUGGGCCCAGGAGACAGGACCCAGUGUCUUGGAAUUCUACUUUUGAGGAUCUCUCAAGAAGUGUCCUUCAGACAAGAUAUACCCUGUUGCCUUAUCUCUACACCCUCAUGCACAAGGCUCAUGCAGAAGGCAGCACUGUCAUCCGGCCCCUUCUUCAUGAGUUUGUAGAAGACAGUAAAACCUGGGAUAUAUACCAUCAGUUCUUGUGGGGACCAGCCUUCUUAGUCAGCCCUGUCCUGGAACCGAAUGCCAGGCAGGUGCCCGCCUACUUCCCCAAAGCUCGCUGGUAUGAUUACUACUCGGGCUCAGACAUUGGAGUGAGGGGAGAAUGGCAGGACCUGGCAGCUCCUCUUGACCACAUCAAUCUCCAUAUCCGUGGGGGCUACAUCCUUCCGUGGCAAGAACCUGCAAAUAACACCCACUACAGCCGGAGAAACUCCUUGGGUCUUAUUGUGGCUUUAUCAGACAAUGAAACAGCUGAAGGAGAGUUUUUUUGGGAUGAUGGACAGAGCAUCGAUACCUAUGAAAAUGGGAAUUACUAUUUCUCAACAUUCUCUGCCAGUCAGAAUCGCCUAGAAGUGAAGGUUUUACAUCAGAACUACAGGGAUCCAAAUAACUUAGCAUUUAAAGAGAUCAAAAUCUUUGGGCUGAGCAUCCAACCAAUUCUAGUUACUGUGAAAGAGAAUAAUGUUUCAAUCCAAUCUGAUGCUGAGAUAAAAUAUGAUCCUGCAACAAAGGUCCUUCACAUUACAGGACUUCACCUUGAGCUGGGGAAGGAGUAUACAGUGGAGUGGUUGACAAGCUUCAAAGACACAGAAAAAUUUGACUGCUACCCUGAUGAAAAUGGUUCUAAUGAAGAAAACUGUAAUUUGCGUGGUUGUGUCUGGGAGCCAACCAGUUCUCCAGGAGUCCCCUAUUGCUAUAUCACCAAAUAUUAUUAUACUGCUAGUAAUAUUCAGAAUCGACCAGAGGGUCUAACAGCAGACAUCUUUCGAAAUGCAGAAGUCAACCACUAUCCUUCCACGCCCAUUAACCAGCUCCGAUUGGAUGUGACAUUCCAUAAAGAUUAUAUGCUACAGUUUAAGAUCUUUGAUGCCAACAACAGAAGGUAUGAAGUCCCAGUGCCCUUAAAUGUUCCAAGCUCCCCCAUCAGCCAACCUGAAAAUUGUCUCUAUGAGGUGACCAUCAAGGAAAACCCAUUUGGAAUUGAGAUCCGCCGAAAAAGCACAGGCACUGUGAUUUGGGAUUCCCAGGUUCCUGGCUUUACCUUUAAUGAUAUGUUCCUACGCAUCUCUACCCGCCUCCCAUCCCAGUACAUCUAUGGCUUUGGGGAAACAGAGCACACAACAUUCCGGAGAAAUAUGGACUGGCACACAUGGGGAAUGUUUUCUCGGGACCAGCCCCCAGGUUACAAGAAGAAUUCCUAUGGUGUGCACCCCUAUUACAUGGGUUUGGAAGAGGAUGGCAAUGCCCAUGGAGUGCUCCUGCUCAACAGCAAUGCCAUGGAUGUGACUUUCCAGCCCACCCCUGCACUGACAUAUCGGACUGUUGGAGGUAUUCUGGACUUUUACGUGGUCCUGGGGCCAACCCCAGAGCUUGUCACUCAGCAGUACACAGAGCUGAUUGGAAGACCAGUGAUGACUCCUUACUGGGCCUUAGGCUUCCAGCUGUGUCGCUAUGGAUACCAGAAUGAUUCUGAAAUUGCUGAACUCUAUGAUGCCAUGGUGGCUGCUCAGAUUCCCUAUGAUGUGCAGUACUCAGACAUUGAUUACAUGGAGAGGCAGAUGAACUUCAUCCUCAGCUCCAAGUUUUCUGGCUUUCCUGAUCUGAUCAAUCGAAUGAAGGCUGAUGGGAUGCGGAUCAUCCUCAUUCUGGACCCGGCCAUUUCUGGCAAUGAGACCCAGCCAUAUCCUGCCUUCACUCGGGGACUCCAGGAUGACGUGUUCAUCAAAUGGCCAGAUAACAGCGGCAUUGUUUGGGGAAAGGUUUGGCCAGAUUUGCCCAAUGUCACUGUGGAUGGAUCUCUUGACUGGGACACACAAGUGGAGAUAUACAGAGCUCAUGUUGCCUUCCCAGACUUUUUCCGUAAUUCAACAGCCACAUGGUGGAAGCGGGAAUUGCUAGAACUUCACACCAAUCCCAAUGAGCCACAGAAGAGCUUGAAGUAUGAUGGAUUGUGGAUUGACAUGAAUGAGCCAUCAAGCUUUGUGAAUGGGGCAGUUCCUCCAGGCUGCAGGAAUAGCACAAUCAACAACCCUCCAUAUAUGCCUUAUCUGGAGGCAAGAGACAGAGGCCUGAGCAGUAAGACCCUGUGCAUGGAAAGUCAGCAGAUCCUGCCUGAUGGAAGCCCAGUGAGGCACUAUGAUGUGCACAGUCUGUAUGGCUGGUCCCAGACAAGGCCCACAUAUGAAGGUGUGCAGGAGGUCACAGGAGAGAGAGGAAUCGUGAUCACUCGCUCAACCUUCCCCUCUUCAGGACGCUGGGCCGGACACUGGCUGGGAGACAACACAGCAGCGUGGGACCAGCUCUACAAAUCCAUCAUUGGCAUGAUGGAGUUCAGUCUCUUUGGAAUAUCCUAUACAGGAGCUGAUAUCUGUGGGUUCUUUCAAGAUGCUGAAUAUGAGAUGUGUGCUCGCUGGAUGCAACUGGGAGCCUUUUACCCUUUCUCUAGGAACCACAAUACAAUUGGGCCCAGGAGACAAGACCCUGUGGCUUGGAAUUCCACCUUUGAGGAUCUUUCAAGAAAUGUCCUUCAGACAAGAUACACCCUGUUGCCUUACCUCUACACGCUGAUGCACAAGGCCCAUGCAGAAGGCAGCACUGUCAUCCGGCCCCUUCUUCAUGAGUUUUUAGAAGACAAAGAAACCUGGGAUGUAUUCCAACAAUUCUUAUGGGGCCCAGCCUUCUUAAUCAGCCCUGUCCUGGAACCUAAUGCUAGGAAUGUGACUGCCUACUUCCCCAAUGCCAGCUGGUAUGAUUAUUACACGGGUUCAGACACUGGAGUGAGGGGACAGUGGAAGAGCCUGGCAGCUCCUCUUGACCACAUCAAUCUCCAUAUCCGUGGGGGCUACAUCCUUCCCUGGCAAAAACCUGCAAAUAACACCUACUAUAGCCGGAAAAACUCCCUGGGACUUAUUGUGGCUUUAUCUGACAAUGGGACAGCUGAAGGAGAGUUUUUCUGGGAUGAUGGACAGAGUAUUGAGAUAUUUUUAAAAAAUAUUCUUUCCAAGUUUUCUGCUUCCCUUAAUCGCCUAGAUGUGAAAGUUACAGUCGGGAACUACAGUGACCCAGCUGGCCUAGUAUUUGAAGAGAUCAAAAUCUUUGGGUUGAACCUCAAACCAGUCUCAGUUACCGUGAAAGAAAAUGAUAUUCCAGUCCAAUCUAAUGCUGAGAUCCAGUAUGAUUCCACAACAAAGGUUGGCAACAUCAAAGGGCUUCACCUUGAAUUGGGGAAGGAUUACACAGUGGAGUGGGACAUAGAUACAGAAAAAUUUGACUGCUACCCUGAUGAACAAGGUGUCAAUGAAGAAAACUGUCGAUUGCGUGACUGUGUCUGGGAGCCAACCAGUUCCCCUGGAGUCCCUUAUUGCUACAUCACAAAAUAUGAUUACACUGCCUCUAAUGUUCAGAGUACACCAGAAGGCCUAACAGCAAGUAUCUCCCGAAUUCCUGGAGCUAGUCACUAUCCCUCUACUCCCAUAGAUGAGCUUCGCCUGGAUGUGAUUUUCCAUACAAACAACAUGCUACAGUUCAAGAUCUCUGAUGCCAACAACAAAAGGUAUGAAGUCCCAGUGCCCUUAAAUGUUCCAAACUCCCCCAUCAGCCAACCUGAAAAUCGUCUCUAUGAGGUGACCAUCAAGGAAAACCCAUUUGGAAUUGAGAUCCGUCGAAAAAGCACAGGCACUGUGAUUUGGGAUUCCCAGGUCCCUGGCUUUACCUUUAAUGACAUGUUCCUACGCAUCUCUACCCGCCUCCCAUCCCAGUACAUCUAUGGCUUUGGGGAAACAGAGCACACAACAUUCCGGAGAAACAUGAACUGGCACACAUGGGGAAUGUUUUCUCGGGACCAGCCCCCAGGGUAUAAGAAGAAUUCCUAUGGUGUGCACCCCUAUUACAUGGGUCUAGAAGAGGAUAGCAGUGCCCAUGGAGUGCUCCUGCUCAACAGCAAUGCCAUGGAUGUGACUUUCCAGCCCACCCCUGCACUGACAUAUCGUACUGUUGGAGGUAUUCUGGACUUUUACAUGGUCCUGGGGCCAACCCCAGAGCUUGUCACUCAACAGUACACAGAGUUGAUUGGAAGACCAGUGAUGACUCCUUACUGGGCCUUAGGCUUUCAGCUGUGUCGCUAUGGAUACCAGAAUGAUUCUGAAAUUGCUGAACUCUAUGAUGCCAUGGUGGCUGCUCAGAUCCCCUAUGAUGUGCAGUACUCAGACAUUGAUUACAUGGAGAGGCAGAUGAACUUCAUCCUCAACUCCAAGUUUGCUGGCUUUCCUGAUCUGAUCAAUCGCAUGAAGGCUGAUGGGAUGCGAGUCAUCCUCAUUCUGGACCCGGCCAUUUCUGGCAAUGAGACCCAGCCAUAUCCUGCCUUCACUCGGGGACUCCAGGAUGAUGUGUUCAUCAAAUGGCCAGAUAACAGCGGCAUUGUUUGGGGAAAGGUUUGGCCAGAUUUGCCCAAUGUCACUGUGGAUGGAUCUCUUGACUGGGACACACAAGUGGAGAUAUACAGAGCUCAUGUUGCCUUUCCAGACUUUUUCCGUAAUUCAACAGCCACUUGGUGGAAGCGGGAAUUGCUAGAACUCCACGCCAAUCCCCGCGAGCCACAGAAGAGCUUGAAGUAUGAUGGAUUAUGGAUUGACAUGAAUGAACCAUCAAGCUUUGUGAAUGGUGCAGUUCCUCCAGGCUGCAGGAAUAGCACAUUCAACCAUCCUCCAUAUAUGCCCUAUCUGGAGGCAAGAGACAGAGGCCUGAGCAGUAAGACCCUGUGCAUGGAAAGUCAGCAGAUCCUGCCUGAUGGAAGCCCAGUGAGGCACUAUGAUGUGCACAGUCUGUAUGGCUGGUCCCAGACAAGGCCCACAUAUGAAGGUGUGCAGGAGGUCACAGGAGAGAGAGGAAUCGUGAUUACUCGCUCAACCUUCCCCUCUUCAGGACGCUGGGCCGGACACUGGCUGGGAGACAACACAGCAGCAUGGGACCAGCUCUACAAAUCCAUCAUUGGCAUGAUGGAGUUCAGUCUCUUUGGAAUAUCCUAUACAGGAGCUGAUAUCUGUGGGUUCUUUCAAGAUGCUGAAUAUGAGAUGUGUGCUCGUUGGAUGCAACUGGGAGCCUUUUACCCUUUCUCUAGGAACCACAAUACGAUUGGGCCCAGGAGACAAGAUCCUGUGGGCUGGAAUUCCACCUUUGAGGAUCUUUCAAGAAAUGUCCUUCAGACAAGAUAUACCCUGUUGCCUUACCUCUACACCUUGAUGCACAAAGCCAUGCAGAAGGCAGCACUGUCAUCCGGCCCCUUCUUUCAUGAGUUUGUGGAAGACAAGGCAACCUGGGAUAUAUUCCAUCAAUUCUUAUGGGGCCCAGCCUUCUUAAUCAGCCCUGUCCUGGAAGCUAAUGCUAGAAAUGUGACUGCCUACUUCCCCAAUGCCAGCUGGUAUGAUUACUACACGGGAUCAGACAUAGGAGUGAGGGGACAGUUUGUGACAUUGUCAGCGCCUCUUGACUACAUUAAUCUUCAUAUCCGUGGAGGUCACAUCCUUCCAUGGCAAGAACCUGCCCAAAACACCAACUACAGCCGGCAAAACUUCAUGGGUCUCACAGCUGCCUUAGAUGAUGAAGGAAAUGCUGAGGGCUGGCUCUUCUGGGAUGAUGGAAAGAGCAUCAAUACAUAUGAAGAGGGAAAUUAUUACUUGGCAAACUUUUCUGCUGGACAGAACAAACUAGAGAGCCACAUCAUUCACAACCAAUAUAUCCAAGUUACAGAAUCACUGAGGCUGGGCUAUAUUCGCAUAUUGGGAGCAGGCGCUGCCUCUAUAACCCAAGUUGAUGUUACUUACAACAACCAAAAUUUCUCCGUAGUCAACUUUCAACAUGACCAAGCCACACAGGUGCUUUCAAUGAAUUUGACUGCACACAGUAUAAGCCUGGGCAAUCCCUUCGUGGUGAUGUGGCAGAGCUCCCUAUGACCCUUCAGAGCAAGAUCUUGAACCAGUGACUGGAAAGCUUCGAUGGACUCUUGUAAUUUAUAUAUGUGUAGAUCAUUGUUAUAUGUUCUAAGACUUCACUUAAUCGGGCAAUACCUAAUUUAAAAAUUAUUAUGGGAUUUAAUUUGGGCUUUAUCAGUAACGCUGUAUGCUUUGAAUCCUGGAUGAGAAGGCAUGGGCAGAUUGCUUUUUGUUUCUGUGUAAUUGAGUGGGAGUCUCAGAACAGUGGUCCAGCAUUUGUUAAGGGCCUCACUGGGCUGACUUGUGUAGGGCCAAAAAUGACACUUCCUUACUGGCCAAAGAUGUACCUUUGUGUCCUAAGAGUCUUAGUGCAGGUUAAAGAUGCAGGGUAAAGGCUGAAAACUUCACUAAGGCUUUUGGAACACCCUUUACAAGCAGCUAGGUGUUGCAGAGGAUAGAGUGAUGGACAUGCAAUGAGGAAAAACUCUGUUCAAAUCCUGCCUCAGUUACUUAUUAGCCAUGUGACCUUGGACAAGUCAU